CAAAUUUGUGAGGUUUUGUCGAAUAACAAAUCCAGUUUAAAAAAUCACAAGAAUACAUUCCGGUUCUAGCUUAUUUAAAGAUUUUCACAGUUUAGAAAAUGGCACAACAAUGUCAAUUGUGGAUGGGAAGUUUGCAGCCAUACAUGGAUGAGACCUUUAUAGUAGCUGCUUUCCAAAGAAUGGGAGAAAAUCCAAUAACAGUGAAAUUGAUGAAGAACAAGUAUUCUGGAGAUGCAGCCGGCUAUUGUUUUGUCUCUUUUGAUACUGACGAUAUUGCUAUUAAUGCGAUGCACAAAUUAAAUGGAAAGCCGAUACCUGGAACAAAUCCAGUCAUUCGUUUUAAACUUAAUUCUGCAAUGACUUCUCACAACAAGCAAUUUAUGGCCGAACGUGAAUUCAGUCUUUGGGUUGGAGAUUUGUCUGUUGAUGUAGAUGAUUAUAAACUCUACAGAGCGUUCUCAAACAAGUAUCAAUCGAUUAAGGCUGCCAAAGUGAUUAUGGACAAUUCGGGAUUUUCACGAGGCUACGGAUUCGUUAAAUUUGGUCUUGAAGAGGAGCAAAAGAAUGCAUUAUAUGAAAUGAAUGGAUAUGUUGGGCUCGGAACGAAACCUUUGAAAAUAUGCAGUGCAGUUCCAAAACCAAGAGACGGAAUGGGUGGUGGAGGUGGACAUCACCAGCAGCAGUCAGCCACAAGUAUCGUACAGCAAGCAUAUGAUAAUUAUUCUCAAUACUAUAAUCAAUAUAAUCAACAACCACAAUAUUAUGGACAGCAAAGCUAUGUCCCCCAAAACCAACAACAAGCAUAUGGAUAUGAUGCACAGCAGCAAGGCCAUGUUUAUGGAUAUAGUCCACAGCAACAGAUGGACCCUUCAGCUUAUCAUAAACAAAACUGACUUUCUGUAACUCUUAAAGAAUUUUAAAUGUUUCAUGAUCAACCAAGAUAAUUUUUUAGCAACAUCGCUUAACAUUUUUAAUUAAUUAAAGAAGUUAAAUAAAAAUUCACUUUGAAGAUUUAAUGAAAUAUAUAUUUUAAGAGAGGCCUAAUGCUCUAGUCUUUUUGGAAAAUGAUAGUUAUGUAUAUUGGAAUGUGAUCUACCCCAAAAAUUAUAAAUUUGAAUAAAACUAGAAAUUUUCGUGAGUUACAAUGGUCAUAAAAAU